CCUGAAGUUAGCAUUCAUCUUUGUCCAGUGGAGCUCAUGACUUCUGAUCAGGACACUAAAGUUGUGGCUGAACCGCAGGCGCAGCGAGUCCAAGAGGGCAAGGACAGCUCUCAUCUGAUGAAUGGUCCGAUAUCUCAAACCACUUCCCAAACAAGUUCCAUCCCAGCUUUGAGUCAGGUAACAACAACUAAGGUUUCAGAGCUAAAUCCUAAUGCAAAAGUAUGGGGGACUCAUCUGUUACACUUGGAAGCAAGUAAUGCAGCUGUGGGUGUGAGUGCCACAUGGGAGGAAGUUCCCAGCCAUCAUGCCGCGUGUGGCCCACAAGGGUUGGAUGCCAAUGGAGAUGGUGACAAAAGCCAUGAGAAUGCAGCAUUGCCAGACUUACCAGAGUCCACUCAGACAGACAUGAACACUUUGGCUCUGGAGCAGUCAGAAUAUGAACCUCUGCCUGAAAAUAGUGAAACAGGAGGAAAUGAGUCUCAACCAGAAAGUCAGGAAGAAGACCCUCGAGAAGUUCUUAAGAAAACGUUGGAGUUCUGCUUAUCUAGGGAGAAUCUUGCUAGUGACAUGUAUCUCAUAUCACAGAUGGAUAGUGAUCAAUAUGUGCCAAUUACUACGGUAGCUAACCUUGACCAUAUCAAGAAACUCAGUACUGAUGUGGAUUUGAUUGUUGAAGUGCUAAGAUCUUUACCUUUAGUCCAAGUGGAUGAAAAGGGGGAAAAAGUAAGGCCAAAUCAAAACCGCUGUAUAGUGAUACUUCGUGAAAUAUCUGAAUCUACCCCUGUAGAAGAAGUAGAAGCACUAUUUAAAGGAGAUAAUUUACCAAAAUUUAUAAACUGUGAAUUUGCCUACAAUGAUAAUUGGUUUAUUACAUUUGAAACAGAAGCUGAUGCACAACAGGCUUACAGGUAUCUUCGAGAAGAAGUCAAAACUUUUCAAGGAAAACCAAUUAAGGCACGGAUAAAAGCAAAGGCAAUAGCUAUAAACACAUUUUUGCCAAAGAAUGGAUUUAGACCUCUGGACAUGAACCUUUAUACACAGCAGCGUUAUACAACAUCAUUUUAUUUACCUCCAGUAUACAGUCCCCAGCAGCAGUUUCCUCUGUACAGCCUGAUUGCCCCCCAGACGUGGUCAGCAACACAUAGCUACCUUGAUCCACCCUUGGUAACUCCGUUUCCAAGUACUGGAUUUAUAAAUGGGUUUACAUCACCAACCUUCAAACCUACAACAUCCCCUCUGACGUCACUCAGACAGUAUCCGCCUAGAAGCAGGAAUCCUAGUAAAUCUCAUCUACGCCACGCGAUUCCCAGUGCAGAGAGAGGACCAGGACUACUAGAGAGUCCUUCCAUAUUUAACUUUACUGCAGAUCGACUAAUUAAUGGUGUCCGGAGUCCACAGACGAGGCAAGCAGGGCAAGCUAGAACACGGAUACAAAACCCUUCUACUUAUGCCAAGAGAGAUGUUGGAACUGGGCGUGUGGAACCAAGUAGUCUUGAAUCCUCUCCUGGUUUAGGAAGAGGAAGGAAAAAUUCCUUUGGGUAUCGGAAAAAAAGAGAAGAGAAGUUUACAAGCAGCCAGACUCAGUCUCCAACUCCACCAAAGCCACCAUCACCAACCUUCGAACUCGGGUUGUCUAACUUUCCCCCGUUACCUGGAGCUGCUGGCAAUUUGAAGACAGAGGACUUGUUUGAAAACAGGCUAUCUAGUUUGAUAAUAGGAUCGUCAAAAGAACGAAGCCUCAGUACAGAUGCAAGUACAAAUACCAUUCCUGCUAUGGUCCCCAGAGAGCCCUCUCUGCCAGCUUCCUGUGCUGUGUCAGCAGUGUACGAACAAUCCCCAUCCCCCGCCCAUUUGCCUGAGGACACCAAGGUGAUAGAAAAGCAAAGGGAAACGCACAGUGUGGACAGACUUCCUCCCACCCUUACUACAACUGCGUGUAAAUCAGUGCAGGUGAAUGGAGCCGCCACGGAACUACGAAAGCCCAGUUAUGCAGAGAUUUGUCAGAGAACGAGUAAAGAACCUCCUUCCUCCCCAUCACAACCCCAAAAAGAACAAAAGCCAAACACUGUCAGUUGUGGGAAGGAGGAGAAGAAGCUCGCUGAGCCUGUGGAGAGAUACAAAGAGCCCCCCGCCCUCAAGCCCACUCCUGGAGCCCCCAAAGAUCAGAGGAGGCAGCCAGGGCGUCGGCCCUCUCCCCCAGCCUCGGCCUCGGCUUCAGCUUCAGCAUCAGCAGUUGGGAAGCGUCUCCACAGAGAACAGAACACUCCCCCCAAGUCUCCUCAGUGAAGAGCAGAUGCCCGGAGGGGCCGGAAGAGCUGCACUCACCACGUGAAACUCCCCAGCAGCACAAAGAGUCACUAGUUAGGAGCCAGCAGUGUCUGUGAGGCCUGUGGGAUGCUGCAAGUUAGUUUUUUUCUGUGAGUCGGAAUUUUCCCCUCUUGAAAAAAAUCUAUUUUUCAGGAUUUAAUUAAUAUAAACCUUAUUUUAGGUUGGUGCUUAACUGGAGGUGAUGCAUAAGUCUGAUUUUUUUUCAGGAUAGAAAAUGCAUUUAUCCUAACAAAUUGAUACUUUUUAUUAAGCCUCCAUGUGGCUCUGAAUGCAAGUUAUAUAUAGUGAGUUUUUCUAAAUUAAGGGAACUAUGCUACUUUUUUUUUUUUUUGGUUUUGUUUUGUUUUAAAUAAUUGGUCUGCAAGUGCAUAUCUUGUCGGUGUCCCAGCAGAUGGAUGAGGGCUGAUGCGCUGGCCCGGGCCUCACAGAGAAAGGGGCUGGCAGUGUCCGGGCGCCAAUACACUGGCACGGGAGCUGUGUUCUCAUUUAAACUCUGUAUCAGGUGAUUCUAGCUUUAAACAAAUACAUAAAUAGAGAAUAGGAAUCUAUAUUCCUUUUUUGAACUAGUGGGCAGAAUGAACCUGCAAAGAGUCCUAGAAAGACAUGAAACCUUUGAGUGUUACUAUCCUACAAGCAAGUAACCAGCUUCUCACUCCAGUUUCAAGUGGCUGCAAUGUAAAAUAAAUUCAAAGCACAUUGUGAAUAGAACCUGAAUGAAAUGCAAACUUUGCUGCCCAGUGACACUGUACCAUGAAGUUGAACCUGGUGUUGUUUUGAUCCCCGUGGGCGGCUGUGUGCCUGCUCUCCACAAUCUCUCAUGUCCCCACGCACGCUUGUUAGAGGGUCCACACCGUAGUCGGCUCCAUGUGGACACCCUCCUGUUCCUCUACCCGCGCAAGGAUUGACAAGUGUAGCCAUGAGAGAUUGGUGUGUGUGGUUUCUUUCCCUCUUGGGCUGGUGGAGACAAAAUUCCCUGCUUUUUUUACCUCCAGUACGAGGGUCUCAUUGAGUCACUUCUAGAAGUGCCGCACUUCUGAAGAACAAGGGUGCACUAAAGUUAGCAAGUUUAUCAUAAAGUUAAAUAUAAAUUAUUUUGUUUUAAAAAUGCCUAAAAUUUUUCUUUAAGUAUUCUAAGCAGCAAACAUUAAAAUAUUUCCUGCUAAAUGUAACCAUACAGUUUAUUCCACAAAAUAUUAUUUAACAAGACUGAAGUUGUCUUUUUUUUUAGAAGAAAAAUUAUUUCCAUCCAAUAUUUAAAGACUUGAAUUUUAUUUAAACUUGAAAAUGACUUUGCCUUAACUUUUGUAUAAGACAGUGUAGAGCUCAUGGAGACCGGCCGCUGGGUUGGCAGGAGAGGAUCAGAGUUACUCAGUUACGUGCAGAUCUCUCGUCGAUAAAUCUUCUGAGUAAGCAUAUGGUAGUACAAGAACUAGCAGGUUUUGUAAUAUACCUUACAGAUCUUCAACAGUUGAUCUUUUUUCAGAUUGUUGAAAAAUUCUGUAAAUGCAAAUAGUCGAUACUGUAUUAAAUAUGUGCACUUGGGAGUGUGCUUUGCUUGUACAGUUGUAAAUAAUCAGAACAUAUUAAAAAGGUACCCUACAGAGAAAAAUCUGAUAAAAAAUUAUUGAUAUAUUAUAAAUGUUGAGCUGGAUGUAGAUAAACUAAAUGUUGUGGUUUGAAUAUUAUUUUAAUUUGUUGAGGUUUUUUUUUUCUCAUACUGGUGUGUGGAACUGAUUCUGCCUCUUUGCUGCAAAAAGAAAAUGGAAAGUCUUACUCAGAGCAUCCAGAUGUUUCCAUACUUGUAAGAAGUAUGUAAAUAAGUGCUAAUCAUAUCUAAUGGGAAAUGGUUUAGAACUAUAAUUUGGAAAGCAGAAACUGGCAGUUCCUUCAAAUGAAAGUAAAAAAUAAUCUUCUAAUUAAAUCAUAUAUUGCUAAGUGUGAUUUAUCCUGCCAGGGAAACCAUGCCUGAUGUAUCAAUUGUCAUUAUUUAAAUACAUAGAAACAUGCAGUGCUAAUAUGCUUCAAAUGCCUGUUAAAGAAACAUGGGAAUUAAUUUUUUUAGAGUUGUCAGAUCACUGACAAAAAAAAGUCAGAAAUAAUUGAUGUCUUGAGCCCAGACUAACAGAUUGUGUAGACACUGGCGGGUCCUUGGGGUCCCAUCUUGGCUGGAGGAGGGGCCAGGGCAGGGUCAGCCGUCCUCUCGUCUUCACCCCCAGCUUCCAGUGCUCCUGGAGUUACGCCUUUUAGAGAGAUGCUUUCCCAGGCAUGAGCAUGGCAGUGCCACAAGUCCGUGUGGGUAGAGCCAGCUGUUCCUCAGCAGCUGCACUCAGGGGCUGUGGGCAUGAGGCAGGGGGCACCGUGGCCAGGCCGCCACUGCUGCUCGGAUGAGUUGGACACUUUAAUUACUGCUUAUCAGUGGCACAGCCUGGCUCUGGGAGCUGAAAUCGUGCUUGGAUAUCUUUUUAAUUAAUAGAUAUGCCAAAUAGCUAUAUGAUGUCAAAAAAUGAUAAUAUGAUAAUACUCUUUGAGAUUUUCCACUCAGAAAAAAAUGGGAAUUUUUGACCAUAGGAAGUUGUGAGGGUGCAUGUGGACUCUUGCUCUGUCACAUACAGCUAAUGACAUGUGGCUUUCAUACUUUUUAAAUUUUCUUUUAGUGUCUCAGGUUAUAGAAUCAGAGAUACCGCAGUCACAAAUGACAUUUUAGCUUGUAAAAUUGUGUGAUGAUACCUUAUUCAAAUGUUGGAAAUAUAGGAAUAAGAAUCUGGCCCUGAUUCACCAGACAUGAAUUUUGAGUAAUUGCUCUCUUUAAGAGUUGGUGUUCUGAUUGAUGCCUCUGGUUGGUCCCUCCUGUCACUGCAUCACUGGUGGCCACUUGUAGGUGGCUCACACGUCUCAUAUUGCUGUACUCGUCAGGAUUGCUGCCGUUGAUACGUAGGAACUGGUUUGGUAUAUCACAGCAAAUGACAAAUGGUGCAGACCUGUCUUUGUACCCCUUCCAUGAGCUGUAGUUGUGGGUUGUGUGCUUUGUAGCCUGGUAUAUGGGAAGCAGCAGACAAUCGGAUUCCAGGGGCACUGACGGCUGCCGAGUCACAGUGGGCGUGUGGUGUGGAAGCUUUCUUGAGGGAUUUUGUUUUUGUUCUCCUUUUCAUUAAGACUGGAAUCAAGCGUACAUGUAAACUAUUGGUAAUUUAAGUUUCCUUUUGUGUCCUUCAGUGUAAAACUGUCUAAUUUGGAAAAAAAAUGUAGGUUAUGAAAAAUAAAGAUUUAGGCACUGUUCAA